AUAAAGGGCAUCCGUGUGAGACAUGAUGUAGACUUCGCUUCAUCUCUGAGGAGGCACGCAUUGACGUUUGCUCUGAGCCAAGAAGAAAAGGACUGAAAAUGAAGCAGUUUGUGAUCCUGAUGUGCCUGACGAUUACGACCUUUGCUGCUCCUGCACCAGGCAGUAAAAGCAGUGAGGUUUCAGCUCAUGCUAAUGAGGCCCUAAGGUUGAUGGAGAUGUACAGACUCUACCAGCAGUCGGGAGCAGCAGGAAACCCCUUCCUUCAUGCAGCUGAUGCUCCCGCUCCUCCAGCCUUUUCAGCAGUGGUGAAUCCAGCUCCUCUUAAAGCACAAGAUGAUUCAGAUGAGGAGACUGAGGAUGGAAACACCAAAGCUGCAUCAGCCCCUGCUGCUGCAGCUGCAGCUCCUUUAAACUCAGACGAGGCAGAGGAAGCCGAAGAGGCCGAGGCAGCAGAGGCUGAGCCAGCUGUGGUGGAGGCAGCACCAGCAGAACCUGCGGCGAACCCUGCAGCAGAACCUGGGGCCGCUCUGGAUCCUGCAGUGGUCGACGUCCCUGCAGAUGUUGCGCCAGUAGAUGGCGGUGCUGUGGAUGUGCCUCCGGUUGAUAUUGUUCCUGUUGACAGCGACCCCUCAGCCCCCGGGGCUGCUGCAGAWGCUGGCACUGUUGAUGCUGGGCCCGUCAAGACCGCUGGGGCCGACCUUCCUGCUCUGUAGUUUUUCACCUCUCGUUACUCCCCUGUUAGCUGAACUUCAGAGCUUUAAACAUCCAUGAGUAAUGCAGCUGUGGCCUAAAUAAGAGAAAACAAAAUGACAUACCAAAAGAAUUAAAGUAAAAACUGCAUGUUUACAGAUUUUUGUUAAAAUCAUUAUUUUUUUGCUUUUGUUUACUGGAAAGUCUUGACUAAUUUGUAUUUUUAUAGCUUUCUUUAUAUUAUAAAUCUAUGUUCCAAAAGUUUGGAUAACAUUUUUUUUAAUUUUCCAAGAUCCACAUAUAUCUGUGCAAUAUAUGUGAGACAUUCAAGUGUGAGUGUUCAGUGUGAAAUAAAGAACAUUCUUCUACAAA